AUAAACACUAACAGACAAAACAGGCAGGCAGCCUGCACCACGAUUCAGAAACUUCCCAUGUUUCUUCCUCAGAUCAGUUUCUUCCCACCCUUCAACCACUUUCCUCAUCUUACCAGUCAAACCCCAUCUUAAUCUCCUGCAUAUAUAAACCCCCCCAUCCCCCUUGAUCAAAUCAACAAAAAACCCAGUCUUAUUAGCCCUCUAAUAAUCUGCAAUUCUGCAUGCCAACACCCCAGAACUUCAUAACCCUCGAGUUUAAUUAGCUUCAUCUUCUCUCCCAACCCACAGAGAAACUAAAUUAAAGCUUCAAUUCACUAAUCCGCCAUGUCUUCCAGCUACCUAAACCGGGCCACCAUAAAAAAGCUAUCUUUAACUUCUCUGUCUACAGUUCCAGUCACUCUCCCAAUCCAUGGCCUGGUCAUGAUCAUCCUGCUCUACAUAGUCUUCGAGUGGGCGAGAAAAGCUUUCACCUUUUUACUAGCCGCCAUGGAAUCGAACCAGGAGACCCAGAACAAAAUUCAAGAUUUUGAGCCGUCUGCAAGGAGAAUUAUCGAUGAUGGCAGCGUGAGCAGAGAAGAAGUGGAGAUGGUUUUCGGCAGGCUGGGGAUUUUUUGCCACUCCGGAGCUGCAAAGCUUCAGGAGCGGUUCGACUCGGAGGACCUGUCGGGGCUGUUCGGAGAGGACGAGGAACUUGUCGCCGUGGAUGAUGAGGUCAAAGGUGCUUUUGAUGUUUUUGAUGAGAACGGAGAUGGGUUUAUUGAUGAGAGGGAGCUGCAGAGAGUUCUGUGCCUUCUGGGAAUGAAGGAAGGGUCGGAGGUGCAGAGGUGCAGAGAUAUGAUCAGAGUGUUCGAUGAAAAUGGCGAUGGGAAGAUUGAUUUCCAUGAAUUCUCUAAGCUUAUUUGAACUCAAUUCACUAACAGAUAGAUAGUCAUUGUCAUCUAUCAGCUGUAAAAACAAUUUAAAGAAAGCAAUCACUAACUGUUAUCAAUGGUUUUCAUUAAUCCCUAAAUCUUUAUUAAUUCCAUUGCUUUCUUAAUUCUAUGCAA